AUGCACAGCAGCCCGGCGCAGGUGCACGACCAGGCAGCCGAGGCGGACCUCAGCUCAGCCCUGUCGCUGGCCAACAUCCGGCAGACCCUGAUCAGACUGGAGGACACCAUCAUCUUUAGCCUGAUUGAGCGGGCCCAGUUUGCCCGCAACGAGCCGGUGUACCAGCCCGACGCCAUCCCGGUGCCGGGCUUCCGCCCCGACGGCUGCCGCUACUCGCUGCUCGAGUACCUGCUGCGUGAGAUGGAGCAGGUUCACGGCAAGAUCCGGCGCUACACCAGCCCCGACGAGUAUGCCUUCUUCCCCGAGGACCUACCGCCGCUGGUGCUGCCGCCCAUCACCUACGAGCAGGUGCUGGCCCCCUGCAGUACCGCGGUGAACAUCAACGGCCUCAUCAUGGACAUGUACCUGCAGCACCUGCUGCCCGAGAUUGCGGCCCCGGGGGACGACCACAACUACGGCUCCUGCGCCAUGAACGACGUCACCACGCUGCAGGCGCUGUCCAAGCGCAUCCACUACGGCAUGUUUGUGGCGGAGGCCAAGUUCCGCAAGCAGGCGGGCGAGUACACGGAGCUGAUCCGCAGGCAGGACGGCGGCGCCAUCCUGGACCUGCUCACCGACCGAGCGGUGGAGCUCAAGGUGAUUGAGCGGGUGCGGCUCAAGGCGGCCACCUUUGGGCAGGACCUGAGCGCCAGCAAUGGCGACGGCAGCGCCGGCGGCAGCUACAAGGUGCGGCCCGAGGUGGUGGCGCAGCUGUAUGAGCAGUGGGUGAUGCCGCUGACCAAGGAGGUGGAGGUGCAAUACCUGCUGCGCCGGCUGGACGACGAGGGCGGCAGCAGCGGCGGCAGCGGCGGCGGCCACCUGCAGCAGCAGCAGCAACAUGCGGCGGCGCCUUGA